ACCGCUUAAAUAUUCGCGCGUAUUGAAUUUACACACUGUAUAUUGAAUUACUUUAAGAUUUCGGUUCUUUUUGAUUUAUAAGAAGUCUGUCUCAACUUGCGUACCCCAUUUGAUGGUAGAUAAAUUUGAUUUCAAUAGAAAUAUACAGUCCAUCCUUUAGCUCUUAAAAUAAUUUGUAAAAUCAUUUUAAUAUAUUAAAUGGAAAUUGUAAAAAGGUAAUGUAAAGGUAUUAAAAGCAAAUGUCAAGAGGAUAUUUAAUUCACCGAAAAACAGCGGGCAGUUCCACAAAUUGCCAGUCUGUACUUUAAUAUACGCCUACUUAUCUAGCGAGCGGCAGUACAGCCAAAUAUUUGCCCUUUUCAUUUUCAGUUUUCAGGCUUCGUUUUCAGUUGAGAUUGGUUUCCCGACCGAGACAGACGGCCGGCCUGCGGGGAGGUUGGGGAAACUUGGUACGCGACGUGCGAAGUGUUAGUUGAACAGUAUUAUAUAGUGUAAAUGCGGAACAAGUUCAUAGUUAUUUAUUGAUAAAAAAUGAAUGUUUUAUCACAGACAAUAUUCCUGCUCGGCCUGACAACUGCAUCCCCAGGGUUGUACCGCCUCAAUGACACGGAGAGCAUGAACCGGCCGUGCUCGCUCAUCGAGUUCACCACGUGGGCCGCGUGCGAGCAGACGCAGCAUCAGCUGCUGUGUAAGGGCGGCAUCUCUAACCGGUGGAUGAAGGGGAUACAGCAUAAAAUGACAUCAUUAAUUUUAACGGAUUGGCCGGGCACCUGCCUCAAUAUAGGCCGGCUGCAGCAGCAUUUCCCAGAGCUGCGGGCGCUGCACUUACUCAACUGCUCACUGCUACACGUGUUCAAAGGACACUUCGACGAAAAUAGUAGGAUAGAGAAAAUAGAAAUACACGGCCUUACGUCGCUCUGGGAGGUUCCACCCGAGAUAAUAGCUCAUAUGCCAGCUCUGAGAAUAUUGGAUAUCCGAGGAAAUGUGCUGCGGCACAUGAAAGCGCGGCUUCUCAAGGAUCCUGCGCGAUUGGAGCACGUUUAUCUGAGCGGUAACAAAUGGGAUUGCAGCGAUGGUGGGCUGGACUGGCUGGCGAUGGAAAGAGACAACGACACGGUUAAGAGAAAGAUAGUAGAUUACUACAAACUCAUGUGCCACCAGCAGCUUUACAGAGGCAAACCGCUGCAUAAAGUUAUGGACUUCAUUAGAAUGGUCCGCCACACCUGCCCAGAACCCUGCUCCUGCGUGAUGACGUACGUGGCGGAGGACAAGCAUGGCACACUGAUCCCCAUCAUCACAGCCAACUGCACGGGGCUGGGGCUCGCGGAGGUGCCGGACACCCUCCCGCCAGGCACCACCACCGUCCGGCUUGCUGGGAAUAAGAUCGACUCGAUAGGGACGCUGCUACAGAAUCCUUACUAUAAGAAAAUUGCGGAUCUCUACUUGGACAACAACAGCCUUUCUACGGUGAAGGAGCUGGAGGGCUCGGAGUGGUUUAACACUUUCCGGCUGCUGAGUCUGAAAGGGAAUUUGCUCAAACAGAUUCCCGUUUAUGCGUUUGAUAAAGCGUUCCAAAGCAACAAUAACAUAAUGCAUGUGUUCCUCGGUAACAACCCGUGGCGCUGCGACUGCCACUUCAUCCCGCGCUUCAAAACCCUGUUGCUCAAGUACAAGCGGGUGAUACAGGACCUACCUGACAUACGCUGCUCGCAAUCGGAUGACAAAACUUUGUCGCUUGUGCAGAUCAGCACAUUGCCUUUGGGAAGAGUCUGCCGCAGUGGCCCCGAGAUGCCUAUAAGCACCAUUAACAUUAUCAAUGUGACCCUGGCUACCCUCCUGUUCAUAGUCAUAGGGAGGUUCCUGUAUGACUGGCACAGUUUCAAGAACACAGGGAAAUUGCCAUGGAUAUCCUCUAUUUUACCUUGAUGACCGGUGGGCCUUAGAAUAGCUACGAUCGGAAUCAGAUGGCACUGGAUGCUUUAGUAUCGUUUUUUGAAUACAUAGAUUUAUGGAUCCUGAGAUGAUGAUUCUGAUUUAACAAUUUAAUAUGGUUGGUUGUUUAGUUAUGAUGGUUGGUUGGUUGGUGGUUGAUAUGACCAUGAGACUAGUCUCAUCCUAGGACUAUAGAGAAAUAAGUAAAGAUACAGCGCUAACUCCUUACCAAAACGCGGGUUAUUUCGUAGUCGACUGAUUUAUCAGUACCGCUACUUGACACCAGAUGUCACGAGUGUCGCGAAUGACGAAUAAAGUAUUGCUUAAACAAUUUACAACUAAAGUUACGAGCAGAAGGAGUUGAAAAUUGUUGAGUUCCGGUUGAUUCAGUUAUACAAUUAAUAUUAGCUGAAAAUUGUUUAGCUUUAGACUUUUCGUUCGCCGUGACAUCUAUUGUCAAGUAGCAGUACUGAUAAAUUCCCUACUUGACGCUAGAUGUCGACUACGAAAUGAACCCGCGUUUUGGUAGGAAAAUUGAUGUAUGGAGUUAGCAACUUAGCAUUCUAUCCUUACUUAGUACUUAGCACUGAAUCACUUGCGCACCAAUAAGUGCGAGCAAGAUGCCUAUUUACUUACAAGGUUCCCAAUGCAUUUCGCGCGCAGCAUUCAGCGUGAGUGGUGCUUAAUAUCGUACCGAACAAGUUUUUGUUCCUUCUGCAUAGAUAGUUCACCAUUCCUGUUAUGCCAUACUUGUUUGAGUAUUAUUAUGUUAGUAUUCGUCUUCCUCUGAUGCUGUUUUCAUAAUAUAAAAAUCUUGUAAAUUGAUAUAAUUGACGCUCGAUAUUGGUCUGGUCUGUCAUUGCCUUUUAGUUCGUGUAGCUACCGUUGGCGCUUGUUGCGUAUGCAGCUGUAAUGUUCAGCCAAGGUAUGGUUGGACCGGACCGAUACAGUGUUAUGUUUACGAUGCUUGAUAUAUAAAUAAUCUUUACUUAAUUUAGUCGUUGUCUUUUAUCUAUUUUUUCAAUUUGUUCACUCUGUAUUAUUUUAUGUCUUUUUCCUUCUUGUCUGUUACCUUUCGUGAUUUUUCUCAUUUGAUGGUCUCAUCGGAAGAUCAGCACUGGAAGCCACCAGCAACAUGCUGAGAUGAGGCCAUUUCGUGGCACUUUAUACUUUCUUUGUUUUUGUUAUAUCAUGUAAUUUAAUGUGUCUUGUUUGUGUUUACGAAUCAAAUUAUUCUAUUCUAUUCUACCGUAAAGGUGACGUUCAGAUGUCAACUGCAGCUGCAUUACUGUUGUCGUUGUUCCAGCAACAGUAAACAGUAUAAAUUUUAAUGACAAAAUUUAAAAAAUCCUUACACUUAAACGAUUUAUUAUAAUUUUGUGAAAUCAAGGCCUUAGAUUCAGUCAUUUGAGAUUUCUUCUCUAAACUGUUUAUAAAAAAUAUUGAGACAGUAAAAUCAAAAGUCUUUUUACUGUUCUCACUAUUUAAAAUCCCCGUGAGGGAAGAUGGUAAUUAGUGUUAGUUAAUUUAUAAGUAAAUACAGUACUUAUAAAUAUGAGUAAUAUUUGUAAUAUCACAGCUCGUAUUGUUAAAAAACUUACAGGCUAUAAUUCGGAAUUACAAAACUAUGAGACUAAAAAUGGCAGAAAAUAUAUCGAAAUAAAAUAGACCUGAAACUUGGUUUAUAAGACCGCGAAGUGACGGUUUUCUGAUAAUGACGCACUUGCGAUAUAAGCUUAAGGUUAUGGCGCGAGACUUCGGGCAUAUUUAAAACGAUUGUGACGCGACAAAGAGCAAAAAUUUUUCCCUAUUUAUGUACAUUUGCGUCACAAACUAGAGCAAAUAUCAGAAUAUCGUCACUAGACGGCUAGACAUACAGUAUUUCUUGUUAUUUUGCUUUAUUUGCUUAACUUUUGAGGGAUAGGAGAAAAAUAAUCAAAUCCUUAAGUCUUCUUUGGAAUAAACUGCCAGCAACUGAAUAAUUAGCGCUACAAUAGUUUAACUAAGUCUGAAAUGACUUCUUAUCAUCGGUCGGUACACCAGAAUGUCACUUUUUUGACCUUUUGGAGAUAAAGUAGAGACUUGAAGAAAAGGAACAUUCACCUCAAAAGUUGAACAGGAGCUAGAAAACGAAAAACGUUACUUAGACUAGUGAUUUAUAAAUAUGACUAAAUACUUUAAGUAAAAUUAGACGGGCAAUUUAUACACUACAAUUUUCUAUAAACUUGAACCUUUGGAAUUAAAUUAAAUGAUAUGGCAAUAUUGUGCAAUUAAAUAUCUAGUUCAAGCUUAACAGAAAAUUAAUUUAAGUGUAUAAAUUAUGUUUCUUGUGGCACUUUGCUUUGGUAUUUGCUGUCAUUUUUUUCACUGAUUUAACACUUAAGCUUUCACAGUGUUUUAAGUCUUUAAAGCUUAACUGUCACUGUCAUUAUCACUAUCUGGUAUCUUCUGCUUCUUCGUUUCUUCCAUAACAUAACUUUAAAAACCUAAAAUCCGUCUAUAAGAGCGCCUUAACCUUACUCUUCUUUUAGCUCUAAAUUGGUAAUUUCUUCUUGUAGUAACUUCUUCUUUGUCUAUACAAUUAUUUUUUGCAAUCCAAUUUUCUGUACCGUCGUAUGUCUCUAAAAAAUAAAAAUAUAUUACUAUUUUUUAUUAUCUAAACCAUAACUAUUUUUUUUAAUCAUAACCGUAAAAUUCUCACCAGAAACAUGUCUAAUUUUCGCUUUAUAAAACCUCCACUAGUCAUUAUAUUCUUCUCGUCUCUUAACACGAUCUCUAACAACUUCAUGACCUUCAUUAUCAGGAUAUGAUACAAAAGCGCUCUGGUUUACCGGCCUACGUACUAUAAGCCACAGGUCUGGUACAACAACAAACUUGUCAAUACCUUCAUAAGGUAACACCAGAAAUUGCACUACAAUAAAUUGCCUCUGGUUAUUUCCCAUCUGAAAUAAAAAGCACUUAUUAGAAUGGGAGCUUACAAAGUUAAUACAAGCUUUUAAAUAUUAAUUGUAACUCACCAUUUUCCUCAAGCGUAUAAGCCGAAAUGUCUCGACCGUAAGGGCACCCUCUUUUAUAUGGGGGGCCAGUGCAACAAGAAGCUGCAUCACAAACAUGUUUAACCCAGUUAGUAACAAUUACGUGCUCAAUAUUGCGCGAUACGCUUAUCGCUUUGGGUUUUUCUACGAAAUGUUUUUCGCGCAUUAGCUCUAUUCGCGUUAGCCGGGGUCACGGGAUCAGCAUUUGGUGAUAACAAUUGUUGUUAAUGGUAAUCAUUACUCAUUACUCUAAUAAUUAUCAACGAAUUUACCUCUAUUUUAUCAUCAAAACAAAAGAUGCGUAUAGACAAAAGUUUGCUCGCUGUUAAGUUGAGGCAAUUGGCGUUAAUGAACCAAUGAUUUACUCUAUUGGUUCUAGUACCAUCAAUCUGGCAGCUUAGUCUAGCACUCUUGAGUCUAUUUUUACUCAAGUGUAUCGACUGAGUGGCUCAUUGCCACCUAGCGGCCAAUUGUCCAACCUUGUCAAUCAAAUGCGGUAGCUGUUCACCGUUUUUGUUCAUAACUUAGAAAGCUAUAAAACUAACUGCAUGUACACUAUAAAUUCUUGUUCCACCAUCAAUUCGUCUAUUCGUCCAAACCAUCUAUUCGUCCUUUAAAUUUAUACAAAAGUAUAAUUUUAGCCUACUGGGUUUAAACCCGUGGGUGAACUUAAUAGGCAUUACAUUGAACAAACAUUCCAUACGUAUUAAAGCAAAGAAAUCCCCCAUGUAAGUAUAAACUUCAAGGAAAAUAAAAAAGGAAGAAUUAGGAAAAGACGGAGCUACUCUUUUACCCAGUGGGAAUUUUUCUGGAACAAAAAUAAUAAUUGCCCAGGCUGAGAAUCGAACUCACAUCUCCCGGUUAUGCGCUAAGAGCUCUGCUACAUUUGCUAUCCCAGACAAGUAUCCAACGCUUUAUUUCGUCAGUUAAAUAAGAGAGCCCAUAUGAGAUCUGGAAGUUGUAAAUUACGUAAAGAAAGGAAAAUUAUUUUAUUAAUUAUUUAUCAAAAUAACAUAAAAGAUUACAAUACUAAGUUUCUAUUACUACAUCUUACAUCCUAGUGAUUUACAAUAAUAUUAAAGUAAUAAUAAAAAUAUCAACAAUGCUACAAGUUUCAUAAAAAACACAGAGCCCAUUUUUUGACUUUGAAAUUUAACCUGUUAAUAUACAUAUUAUUUUUUUCACAAUUUAAAAUUAUUUUAAUGUUUACAAAUAUAGGUGCGGAAUCCUCCUUUUAAAUUAUAAACUUGUGUGUUCGCUCUUUCUUACAAGGCUAUAUUCAGCGCUAAAAAUAAAAAUAACUUAUAAUAUAAUGUUAUAAUGCUAUUCUUAACUAUAAUUACAUGUAAGUACCAAUAAUAACUAAUUUGCAAUGCUAAUAGUUAUUGUACUUUUCUUAAUACAGUUUGAAAGUUAUUUUUACUACAAAAAGUUACUUAUUUUACAAAUCCUUAUCCUCAUCCCAAUUGUUGCCUAACGUUCGCCGCUGGAUUGCCACGAUUUUGACGUUCACUCAUUUUAUCAAGCAAAUUGACAGAUACAGAUCGACGACAACAAUGACGCCGCAACAGUAAUGCAGACAUUGACAUCCGAACGUCACCUUGACAAGAUCAAAACUGUAUCAAAUUUUUAAAGCAGAAUCGGACUCCCUGAGGUGUCAUUUUACGAUUUUUCUUUUGAUGAGUGAAUAUACAGUGAACGAAAAUAAAACAAUAAAAUACAUACUAGUACAAGUAUUAUAUUAUGAUCAUGUGUCACUCAAUUAAUAUUAUUAUUAUUUGAACAUUGCUGUCUUACAGGGUAGCCUAAAAAUACGUUGACAAAGAACUUUGGCUGCUGCAUAUUGAUGAUCAUUUUUUGAAGAUAGUUCGUUUUUUUAGUUAAAUGAGAAGUCUUUAUUUUGAAUGCCAUUAUGUAAAAGAUUUAAGUUAAUAAGAGAGGACCUCAGAAAAAAAAAAAACAAAAAAAUAUUUGUCAUUGUAUUUUUGAGCCAUCCUGAAUUGUUGUUGUUCUAGCGCGUUGUAAAAUCAUGUGUACAUAGUAAUAAAAGGAUGCAUUAGUCGACUAAUCACUGAUGCAUUAGUCGACUAAUCACUACUUGGUAGGGUGGUCCACAUUUGUAUGGAAUAAAAAAAUAUACUUUUAAUCUUUCUCCACAAGGCUGCCUUUGUUCUAUCAUGAAGUAGGUAUGUUCCAAAUUUUGACUCAUAUGCUUAUAAUUUCCUGGUUGCUCAACAUUGCUUUAGAAUUUCCACAUUAAUACAAAAAAAGGCCGGUAUAUGUUUUAUUUCGUUGUAACUAAUAUCAUCACGCACGCACGACAUGGUUUGGGCUAUAGCCCCCACGCUGGCCCAAUGCGGGUUGGAGACUUCACAUACACCCUUGAAUUUCUUCACGGUGGUGGUUUAGUAGCAAAGAAUGUUAUGAAACCAUUAACGUUUUAAACUAGGCGUCGUUACUAAUCGUCCCACAGCGCUAAGAACAACUAUAGGUGAUAAGGCGGACGCUGUCAAAGUAACCUUCACACUUUCGAGUAAGGUUUAUAUUAGCUCCCUUGCGCCCGGGGACUUUGCGUCUGAGUGAUGUUUGUGUUUAUGACAUAAAGAAUUCAGUGGAUUAUAAAACGGGUUCAAGUAUUUUUUUUUGGUGAUGUUCAUUUCAUACAUUUUAUUAUUGCAGAAUUCUUUCAUUUUGAGCGACCUCUAAAUAAUGUUUGAUUGUUCUCAAAAUUGGUUUUUGUCAUUUUUAUAUGUGUUUGACUAAAUUUGACUGACUUGUCGAGCGUCAACGUUUUAAAAAUAGAUUUUGGACCACCGCACUACUUUAGUAAAGUAGCUUUCCUUAUCAAGUCUGAUGUUGAAAGCCUCUAAUUAUGAUUGACAUAUCUUUUGAAGGGGUUUAUGCCGCCUGUUGAAUUGUUAUUUAAUUUCAAAUUAAGUCAGUUUCAAUGUGAAAUUAGGCUUCAAUUUUGUAAAAAUGAAGCAUUUAGCCUAGUCAAUAACUUGUUAAUAAACAUAAUAGAAUA